GUUCAGUUUCUUGAUUCCAGCUCAACGGAGCUAACACUGAUUUCGAUUUUUUUUUUUUUUUGAUAAAAAUCAGUUUUUAUUUUCCAGUGUUUAGCAGUUGAUCUGGUUAUCUAUUCUGCCCACUCGGUCGCGUUACUAAAUUCGUAUAGUAUAGUACUCACAAUCUCAAUCGGUGCAAAUCUUUAGCGAAGUUUAUCCAAAUUGCUACGCACAAUGACUCGAUCGCAGGUGAUCUCCUGUUUGCGGCGGUGCAAGCUGGGCUUGUUUAGGCGCCAUAAGGCUCUUAUAUUGUCCAGAGGUCCAUUUAUACAGCAGGUGAGGUGGAAAAGUGAGGAUGGCGGCUGCAACACCACGAACCUCCAGGGCGUCGUUGUGGGUCUCUAUGCCAAGGAUGGUGACAAGGGUCUGAAGUUAUCGCCGGGUGGCGAGAAGUUCGAUGACCGUGUAAGUGGCAAGAUCACAGAACUGAUCAAGGAGUCUGGACUCAAUGGAGAGCUGGGAGUGGGACGACUAUAUCAAAAUAUAGACAAGGAGUACUGGGCUGUGGCCGUGGUUGGUCUGGGCAAGGAAGGAGCUGGCUUCAAUGCCGAAGAAGUCAUUGACGAGGGCAUGGAGAAUGUGAGAGUAUGCGCCGCCGUUGGAGCCCGUGCUUUGCAGCUGCAAGGAUGCACUACUUGCCAUGUGGAUGGCAUGGAGUAUCCAGAACAGGCUGCCGAAGGAGCUGCCAUGGCCGUGUGGCGUUACAAUGUGAACAAACGAAAGAAGAACCGCCUGGCCAUACCGAAACUAGAGCUCUAUGGCUCCACUGAUCAGGAUGCCUGGACAAGGGGACUCUUCAAGGCCGAAUCCCAAAACUUGGCUCGUCGUUUGGCCGACACGCCAGCUAACCAGAUGACCCCAUCCAUUUUUGCCCAGGCCACCGUGGAUGCCCUGUGUCCUUGCGGCGUUUCUGUUGAAGUAAGAUCGAUGGAUUGGAUCGAAGCCCAGAACUUGAACUCGUUCCUCAUGGUGGCGAAGGGCUCUUGCGAACCACCCAUUAUCCUGGAGGUGAGCUAUUGUGGGACUUCGCCCGAAGAGCGACCCAUCCUGAUGCUCGGCAAGGGAUUGACCUUCAACAGCGGUGGUUUGUGUCUGCAUGAGAAAACUGGCAUGGAUGAGUACCGGGGAUCUGUAUCCGGUGCCGCUGUCUGUGUGGCCGCCAUUCGUGCGGCUGCUGCCCUUUCCCUACCCAUAAAUGUUUCGGCUGUGUUGCCUCUAUGUGAAAAUAUGCCCUCGGGAAUGGCCACCAAACCGGGUGAUAUAGUGACCCUACUCAACGGCAAGACCAUGCACAUCAAGGACAUUUCAAAGGCCGGAACUGUCCUGCUGGCGGAUCCCCUCCUCUAUGCCCAGUCGACAUUCAAACCCAAAUUGGUAGUGGAAGUGGGUUCGAUGGCCAGUGGAAUACGCAAGGGUCUGGGUGCCUCGGCCACUGGCCUGUGGACCAAUAACUCCUUCCUGUGGAAGAAUUUCCAAAAAGCAGGAGCUUUGACCGGUGAUCGACUGUGGCGUAUGCCACUGUGGAAAUAUUUCAGGAAUCUAGUGUCCCCACUUUCAGCCUACGAUAUUUGUAACACGGGCAAAGGACAAGCAUCCUCUUGUCUGGCGGCUGCCAUUCUCUUCGAACUGGUACCCUGCUCUGAUUGGGUGCACCUGGAUACCCAUGGCACCGGAAUGCUGGCAAAGGAUGGAGUACCUCCAUAUUUGCUUAAGGAUUGUAUGACAGGACGUCCAACCCGAUCGAUUAUUCAGUUCCUCUACCAAAUGGCCUGCAAAUGAUGCAACUUUGAUUAUAAGUUGACAAGGGAUCAACGAAGUCCUGAUAUCGGUGUGUGCCUAAAUUCAGUGUCCUUCAAUGUGCUGUCUCACUGUAUGUGUAUUUUAUCCAUAUGACGUACUCAUUUUGUGGGAUUAUUUAAAGAGUCUGGUAUGAUGUUAAACCUGUAUUUAAAAGAGGUGUCAGUAUGGUUUUAAACUUCAAUAAAAUAAAAUUUAUGUAGCCAA